AUGGAGAGAAAAGAAGAGGGAAGGCAAGCUUUGAUACCGGGAUUACCGGACGACAUAGCUUUGGACUGCCUCGCCCGAGUCCCGCACCGAUUCCACUCGGGUCUCCGACUCGUCUGCUAUGGUUGGCGGGAUCUGGCCACCGGCCCGUGCUUCUACCAGCACCGGGAGCGUAUUGGGGCGGCGGAGGACCUGAUCUUCCUCGUCCAAGCCCUCGUCAAGAAGGGCUCCGGAGACGGCGGCGAGGCUAAGGAAGAGGAUGAGGCGGAGAAUGGCUGCUCCGCCGCAGUGUGCAGCCCGCCGACCUACGGGCUGAGCAUGUACAACGCGACCGAGGGGUCGUGGCACCGGGUGGUGAUGGCGGAGCCGGUGCCGCUCUUUGCCCAUGUCGUGGCGGUGGGCGGAAAGCUGGUGAUGGUCGGGGGUUGGGACCCUGUGACCCUCGAGCCGGUGGCAGAGGUGCGGGUGCUGGAUCUGGCGGGGGGGGAGUGGCGGCGGGGUGCGGCGAUGACCGCGGCGCGCAGCUUCUUCGCGUGCGCGGCUGUGGCGGGGAGGGUGUACGUCGCCGGGGGCCACGACGCGGGGAAGAACGCGCUGCGGGAGGCGGAGGCGUACGACGCCGCGGCGGACCAGUGGGCUGCGAUGCCGGCGAUGGGGGAGGAGCGGGACGAGUGCAAGGGGGUGGCUGCGGGUGGGCAAUUCUGGGCGGUGAGUGGGUACGGGACGGAGGAGCAGGGGAUGUUCGGCGGCGCAGCGGAGCGGUACGACGAGGCGGCAGGGGAGUGGCGGAGGGAGGAGGGGGUGUCGGAGGCGGCGGCGGAGGGUGGGAGCGGCGGCGGCGACGCCGCGUACGUGGGGGUGGCCAGGGGGAGGAUGUGGAGCGUGGAGUGCGGCGGGGGGAGGAGAGGGGUACGGGAGUACGCGGGGAGUGGAAGGGGAUGGAAGGAGGUAGCGCCGCUGCCAGAGGGUGCGAUGUCGAGGCCGUGCGCGGCGGCGAUGGGCGGCGGGGAGAGGGUGUUCCUGAUGGCGGCGACGGCGGAGGGGAACGGGAGUGGGCCCCACCGGGGGUGGAUCCUGGAAGCGGGGUCCGCGAAUUGGGCCCGAGUCGAGACCCCGGUCCGGUUCUCCGGGUUCGCUUACUCGGCCGCUGGGGUCCGGCUUUAA